CUCCAUGGAGCGCCGGCCGCGCCGCCUCUGAUGCCCGGCCCGCCGCGCACCAUGGGGCCGCUGUGGCUCUGCUGCCUGCCCCUCGCCCUCCUGCCCCUGCUCGCCGCCGUGGAAGAGACACUGAUGGACUCCACAACAGCGACAGCAGAGCUGGGCUGGACGGUGCAUCCUCCCUCAGGGUGGGAAGAGGUGAGUGGCUACGAUGAGAACAUGAACACCAUCCGCACCUACCAGGUGUGCAACGUCUUUGAAUCCAGCCAGAACAACUGGCUGCGCACCAAGUACAUCCGGAGGCGAGGAGCACACCGCAUCCACGUGGAGAUGAAAUUCUCUGUCCGGGACUGCAGCAGCAUCCCAAACGUCCCAGGCUCCUGUAAGGAGACUUUUAACCUCUACUAUUUCGAGUCGGACUUCGACUCGGCCACCAAGACUUUUCCUAACUGGAUGGAGAAUCCUUGGAUGAAGGUGGACACCAUUGCUGCCGAUGAGAGCUUCUCCCAGGUGGACUUAGGCGGGCGGGUGAUGAAGAUCAACACCGAGGUGCGCAGCUUCGGGCCCGUCUCCAAGAACGGUUUCUACCUGGCCUUCCAGGACUACGGGGGCUGCAUGUCCCUGAUCGCCGUCCGCGUCUUCUACCGCAAAUGUCCCCGCGUGAUCCAGAACGGCGCCGUCUUCCAGGAGACGCUGUCGGGGGCAGAGAGCACCUCGCUGGUGGCAGCCAGGGGGACGUGCAUUGCCAAUGCUGAGGAGGUGGAUGUGCCCAUCAAGCUGUACUGCAAUGGUGAUGGAGAGUGGCUGGUGCCCAUCGGCCGCUGCAUGUGCCGGGCCGGCUACGAGUCGGUGGAGAACGGGACCGUCUGCAGAGGCUGCCCCUCGGGAACAUUCAAGGCCAGCCAGGGGGAUGAGGGGUGUGUCCACUGCCCCAUCAACAGCCGGACAACCUCGGAAGGGGCCACGAACUGCGUGUGCCGGAAUGGAUAUUACCGGGCAGACGCCGACCCUGUGGACAUGCCAUGCACCACCAUCCCAUCGGCUCCCCAGGCCGUGAUCUCCAGCGUGAACGAGACCUCUCUGAUGCUGGAGUGGAGCCCCCCGCGGGACUCGGGGGGCCGGGAGGACCUGGUGUACAACAUCAUCUGCAAGAGCUGCGGGGCAGGCCGCGGGGCCUGCACGCGCUGCGGGGACAACGUGCAGUUCGCCCCGCGCCAGCUGGGCCUCACCGAGCCCCGCAUCUACAUCAGCGACCUGCUGGCACACACCCAGUACACCUUCGAGAUCCAGGCCGUCAACGGCGUCACCGACCAGAGCCCCUUCUCCCCGCAGUUCGCCUCGGUCAACAUCACCACCAACCAGGCCGCCCCCUCUGCUGUGUCCAUCAUGCACCAGGUGAGCCGCACCGUGGACAGCAUCACCCUGUCCUGGUCCCAGCCCGACCAGCCCAAUGGAGUCAUCCUGGACUAUGAGCUGCAGUAUUACGAGAAGGAUCUGAGCGAGUUGAACUCGACCACAGUGAAGAGCCCCACCAACACCGUGGCAGUGCAGAACCUCAAGGCUGGCACCAUCUACGUGUUCCAGGUGCGGGCGCGCACCGUGGCCGGCUACGGCCGCUACAGUGGGAAGAUGUAUUUCCAAACCAUGACCGAAGCCGAGUACCAGACCAGCGUGCAGGAGAAGCUGCCGCUCAUCAUCGGCUCCUCGGCGGCCGGGCUGGUGUUCCUCAUCGCCGUGGUGGUCAUCGGCAUCGUGUGUAACAGAAGACGGGGCUUUGAGAGGGCUGACUCGGAGUACACGGACAAGCUGCAGCACUACACCAGCGGCCACAGUACGUACCGGGGGCCCCCCCCGGCCCUGGGGGGCCGCUCGCUGCUCGUGACUCCAGGGAUGAAGAUUUAUAUCGAUCCUUUCACCUACGAAGAUCCCAAUGAGGCUGUCAGGGAAUUUGCAAAAGAAAUCGAUAUCUCUUGUGUCAAAAUCGAGCAGGUGAUUGGGGCAGGGGAGUUUGGUGAGGUGUGCAGUGGGCAUCUCAAGCUUCCAGGCAAAAGAGAGAUCUUUGUGGCCAUCAAGACCCUCAAAUCUGGCUACACAGAGAAGCAGAGGAGGGACUUCCUGAGUGAGGCCAGCAUCAUGGGGCAGUUUGACCACCCCAACGUCAUCCACCUGGAGGGGGUGGUCACCAAAAGCUCUCCAGUCAUGAUCAUCACUGAGUUCAUGGAGAACGGCUCACUGGACUCCUUCCUGCGGCAAAACGACGGGCAGUUCACGGUGAUCCAGCUGGUGGGGAUGCUGCGGGGCAUCGCCGCGGGCAUGAAGUACCUGGCGGACAUGAACUACGUGCACCGGGACCUGGCCGCCCGCAACAUCCUGGUCAACAGCAACCUGGUGUGCAAAGUGUCUGACUUCGGCCUCUCCCGCUUCCUGGAGGACGACACCUCCGACCCCACCUACACCAGCGCUCUGGGGGGGAAGAUCCCGAUCCGAUGGACGGCACCUGAGGCCAUUCAGUACCGAAAGUUCACCUCGGCCAGCGACGUGUGGAGCUAUGGAAUAGUCAUGUGGGAGGUGAUGUCCUACGGAGAACGGCCCUACUGGGACAUGACCAACCAGGAUGUGAUAAAUGCCAUUGAGCAGGACUAUAGGCUGCCACCACCCAUGGACUGCCCAAAUGCCCUUCACCAGCUGAUGCUUGACUGUUGGCAGAAGGAUCGAAACCACAGGCCCAAAUUUGGGCAAAUUGUCAACACCUUGGAUAAAAUGAUCCGAAAUCCAAACAGCCUGAAAGCCAUGGCACCUCUCUCCUCUGGGAUGAACCUCCCCCUCCUUGACCGCACAAUCCCGGAUUACACCAGCUUCAACACUGUGGAUGAGUGGCUGGAUGCCAUCAAGAUGAGCCAGUACAAGGAGAGCUUUGCCAGUGCUGGUUUCACCACCUUUGAUGUAGUAUCUCAGAUGACUGUAGAGGACAUUCUGCGAGUUGGGGUCACUUUAGCAGGACACCAGAAGAAAAUCCUCAACAGUAUCCAGGUGAUGAGAGCACAGAUGAACCAAAUCCAGUCUGUGGAGGUUUGAUAGCUGCCUGUCCUCCCUCUCCUCCUCCUCCUCCUCCUCGAGGCCCUGCUCCCCUUUGCCCCUGUAUGUCCAAGCUGCAGUUCCUGAGUGUUCUGCAUGGAGCAGAGACAGGCAGCUGCUCUGAGGAGCGGGAGGGAACACUCUGCCCUCAACAAUGAGAAGUCGCCAAGAGCUUCUAGAAUUUAAGCAAUGGAAAAAGGGAACAAAACAAAACAAAAAGGACAACUAUUUUGGAAAAAAAAUAAAAAUGAACGAACUACAAAAUAUUUUUAAAUAAUAAUAAAGCAAUUGCAUUCUUGAAAAGGGCUCCAAGACCAAUGGGAGUCUCCAAAGGAAGAGAAAAGAGCAGCUUCACGUUUCCUCUUGCACAAGGCUGCUGCAGCUGGACCCAGGCACCUCUGGAGCAGUGGGACUUCUCCAGGAAGAGGAAAGCAAGGAAAAGGCCACGAGAAGCACAUCUCUUCCUCCCGUGGGCUCUGGGAACAGCGUGAGCCAGGCCCUUCCCCUGAGCCCCUGUCAGCAGAUCAAACGGGGAGAGCUGAAGCUCUUUGGUGCUGUGGAACCAAGUGCAUCUCAGAAACUGGUGGACUUCUUCAAAAGCUGAAGACUUUUUUUUUUUAAAAAACAAAACAAAACAAAACAAAAACACAACAAAUAAACUAAGACUAGAGGAGGCUGUUUCCGACAAAUGAGAAGGAAUCUGUAACGCCUUGGGGGGUGGGGAUGGGGAAAAGCAAUCCUUUUUACAUCUCUUAUUUUCUCUUGUCAUGGAACAGUUUUGUGAGUGACAGUUUCCUAAGGGUCCGUCCAUCCGCCCUCCAAUGGCAUCGUGUCUCAUACAUAUCAUUGCUCAAGACUUUUAGUGAUAUCCUUUCUAGAUGCCAAUGAUCUUUUCCCAGAAGACUUCCCAAGUACAGUAUGUAGUAGUUUUUGAUUACAAAUGCUGACGUGUACCUUUAUUUUUCGGUUGUCAUUGUUGGGAGAUUUGUCCUUUUACAUUGUUUUGUUAACACCGGUUUGUGAGUUUGGGGGUUGGAAAUUUUCGGUUGGUUGGGGGUUUGGUUUUUUGGUUUUUUUUUUUUUAUAAUGAAAAAGAAAUGACAUCUCCAAGCAUCAUAUCAUCCAAGAACUUAAAUCCCUUCCCUGUGGAAGGAAAAAUUGCAGCUUAUUGACCAUAUGCCAGGAGAAAAAGGUUUUUUAUAUGCACAUUUCCUCCCGUUUGCUUAUUUGUUCUUUCCAAUUGGUCGUGGCACGACAGAUGUUUGUGGCUGUUGUGGUUCCAGGUGUUGGCCACCAGCUCAACUCGAGGGUGAGCAGCAUCACAGGGGUUUGGGAGGGAAAGGUGGGAGGGUGGAUGGUUUUUGUGAGGGAAUGAUGACUCCACAGCUGGCUUCAGAGCCCUUUGGAAAUGUCUGGCUGCUGAGGAAGGUGUUGGAUUGGUGCGUGGGAAAGGCAGGGCAAGCCCAGUUCUGUGAGAGGAGCUCGUGGCGCAGCGUUUUGGAGUGGGGGUUGUGUUUUCUCCAGGUGGGGAUGGGUCCCUGCAGCUGCCAGUGCAGGUGGGACCCUGUCCCUUCGUUGGGUGCUGCAGCUUCAGGCUCAGCCCUCACCUCAAAGAGAGCCUGGCACAGCAAAGACUCCAAUCCCAGCUCUCCAGAGGCAAAAUGCUGUGCUUGAAGCUGAAUGAUCAGUGAGUUUCUAAACAGCUGAAAUAAAUUCUUUAGUUACUGAGCAGGUUUUUGGGAUGUGUGAACACCACCAGCCCAGCGCAGGGAGGUGCAGGUGAGAGCUGGGUUGUUCUCCCUGCCCAACACCACCUCACAUCAUUUAAAGUGUUCCACAUGUGGCAUUUUCCCACCCAGCUCCUGGUGGUGGCCGCAGGACUGGUGUUCACAAGCCCUUGUCUGCCUUUGCCAUGUCAUUCCUGGGCUCCUCCUCUCGUUUUUGGCAGCGAGGAGUGUUGAAGGCACGUUCACUGGGAGCUGCCUGGCUGAAUUUUCCAGGGGCUGAAUCCAAGAGGAAGUGUGUCUGCUGUGGAUGAAAAUCCCAAGCUGUCUAGACCUCUGUGGCCAGACAUCAUCUCCCCAGACUGCUUGUGAAAUAUGAGGCCAUUUAUUAAAUACUUCUAGCAUUUUCUACUGCCAGACCAGAUCCAACAACAAAGCCCUUGUGAGUGGCAUCAGAGCAAUCCCUACAAGCGAGAAUUCUUCUCUCCUGAGCUCCUGCCCUGUCCCAGGGCUUGGUGCUCCAGCAGCAGGGCCUUUCAGUGGAGGAAUUGUCCCUGCAGCCCCUGUUCAUCCAAAAUCUCCAGUGCAGUGUUGUGUUUGUGCUUGCAUCCAGCCCAGCCCUGGGUUUGGAGCUCUGGGCAUGCCUGUAGUGAUGGGAACACGAGGUGUGUGCUGGGUGUCCCGGUCCUGUCCUGAGCUCCAGGCAUCCCCUGUGACAGCCCCAGCAUCUCCUGCAGGGCACAGGGGGGUGUGGAGCGAGGGGCAGUGGGCUGUGGGCACAGGGUGUGCAGGUGGGACCUGGAUGGCUCAGCCCCUCUGCCCUAAACCCAGCCUGUGUGUCCAAAGGGACACUUGGAAUGCCUUUGCAUCCAAAAAUCACUUGCUCCAGGUCAGGUGCUGGGCUCAGCUUUGAAAGGACAUCAAAAAUCACUGGAGCUGACUCAACCACAGGAGGUGUUUGCAGAGGGAAACCAGGAGCUGUGCCCAGACCCAGUGUGGUGUGGGGGCUCCCCUGGUGAGUCCCACACCGUGGCCAGGAGCAGCUGUCACUGUGUGCCAAAGGCUUGGUCCUGAGGGCAGGACAGUGCUGUGCCAACUGCCCAGCCCCAGCCAGCACUGACCUUGUGCCCCAGAGCUCUGCCAGGAGAGCUCUGCCUACAAAACUCACCAGCAGAUUCCCGUGGGGCAGCCAUGUGGAAGGAGCACAUGAUGCUCCUCACUUGUCCUCCCCAGACAAUUCCUGACUGUUCUCUGCCACCCUGCAGACUCUGAGGAGGAGCAAUGCCCAGGCAGCAUCCCUUCAGAGCCACCCAGGCCUUGGAAGGGCACUUCAGGUCCUUUUCAUUUGGAGAUAUUUCGUCUCACUGCACUGAAUCUCCUCGCUGGCUGCUUCAGACACAUUUACCACUGUGAAGGACAGGUCCCAGUGCCACAGCCCCCAGAGCUGUGACAGCCAUCUGCAGGGCAGAGAAAGCACAUCCUUAUCUCUUCUCCUGACCAAAAAUCACAUGGUGGUGGUACUGAAAGUAACACCUUCCCAUCUGUUUAUAGCAGAUAUGACAUCUGUGUUUGGCUGUGCAGGACUAACGGAGAGCUGGACUAAAAUAGACACAGUCCAGAAAACACUGCAGUUUUCUGCAUCCCUCAGCUCUCCUGGGAGCACGAGGAACCGAGUUCCUGUCAAGUGCUUGGGUUGUAAACGCCUCUGGCACAUGCUGCAGAGCUGGGGCAGAGGCACUGGAGUGACAAUAACAUAUUUAUUUCAUGGGUCUCCAAUGUACUGCUACCAAAUGGGAGUCUAAUGGAAAACUCAGCGUGUUCCAAGGGGAAAAGGGGAAAAGGCACUUGCUAACAUUGACACUGUGAAAUGCUGUUGUGCAUGUGCAUGUGUGCAUGUGUGGGUACUUAACAAAAAUCAUCACCUGAGAGAUUUUCAGGCAGCUUGUUGCAAUUUUCACAUUUCCCCUCUACCUUUCAAGCUACCUCCCAGCCCUUCCCUUCUCCCACUCCCAUCUCCUGCUGAGGGUCAGCCUGGGGAUGGCAUUUGGUGGGAAUGCUGAGCAGGUUGGAAGUUCUCAGUUGGCUGGACAGUGAUGAGUCCAAAUCUUGCAGAGCAUCACGGGGCAGAGCAGAGGAAGCAAAGCAUAUGUGGGCAGUAAAAAGUUAAAAUGUGUUUUGUGGGUCAUUUCCAGCCCAUUUGCUGGAAUUCCAGCCCAGGGCUGUGAAGGAGGAAGGAAAACCAAACCUGUGAGACACAGCACUGCCAUGAGGAAUCACCUGUCCUAGUGGGACACCAAACAGGGCCCUGUGAGCUGCACAUCCCCUCCCUAAAGGAUCUGCUCUCCUCCCCAGUAAACCCUCAGAGCUGCCUUCCAUGGAUUAGUGGAGAUUGGUGUCUUUCAGCAGCUGAGGAGCUUCUCCUCUCCAUAACAUCCUCCCUGCCCAGCAGCAGCUUCCAAAGGCAGCAAUCCCUGCUUGUGUCAUCCAGGUAAACGUGGCUGGCCCAGGGUUUUCCCUGCAGGAUUCCUUUAGUGCUCUGAUCCCAGUGUGGGCUGGGAUCCAUCCCAUGGCAGGGUCAGCUCGUGGGCAUCACCCCAGGGCGAGGGGCUGAAGGACCUGGGCACACAGCAGAGCUUCACCCACAUCAGCUGUGCCUUGCAAGAUCAGCCACACAGGGACUGCUCCCGUUAUCCCUUUCCCAAGGUUUUCCCCCAAACCAGCAUCCUGCUCUCCUCACUGCCUGCUUGAGCACCACCCAGAGCAGCUCCCUCCUGGCCUGGCCUGAGCUGAGACCUCAGAAUCAGCUGCUGGCUGGGCUACAGGGCUUUUCCCACCUUCCCUGAGGCUCUUCUUGGAAUUUGGGUUAAAGGAAAGCUUCUUUCCCAGGGAUCAUCGCCCAGGCUGCAGAUGAGGAGUGGAAAAAACUUCUUGGAGGGUUGGAGCAGCUGAGGAAAUCUCUUGUUAUAUUUGCCAGGCUGAUUUAUGUCAAUCCUGGAGUCAGGGCUUGAACUCUGCUGCAUCCUUAGCAGUUGGAUCCUCUGAUGAUGCAAUAAAUCUGGGACUGCCUUGGAUGUACAAAUCCAGAGCACUGCAAGUGUCACUGCUGUCUGGAUUGGUUUAGUGGAGUUUAUUGUUUUAAUGUAAAUCAUCUUUCCUGCGUGUCUAACUCGAGGCUGAUUUAAUGGAGGUCUUUUUCCAUCCUCAAAAAUGUUAAAUAUUUGCAAGUUCUUCACAUAGGGGAUUCAACUUUUUUUUAUCUACGGUCACAUUUUGGCCUUUUUUUAUUUCAACUUGUACAGGAUGUCUUUGCUUCUUGUAAUUCUCUGCCCUUCCCAAAGCCAGGACACAACCUUGGCCUGUGUUUGCUUCCAUAUGUGUUCCAACCUUCCUCUGCUCUCCCAGAAAACUCCCUGCACUCUCCAAAUAUUUCCUGGAAUUUACCUCCUUGCUGUCCCUGUGUUAACUCCUGCCAACUCCACUGACAAAUGUUAUUUGCAGAAAUUUGGGACUGGAAGCAAGAAGUCCUCUCUCCCCACAAAUCUUUUCCUGGGUCUGCAUUCCUGCUGUCUUAAAACUUAUUCAGCAGUAUCUCUCCUUUUUAUUUUAUUUUAUUUUAUUUCUCCUUUUUUUAAAUUCUGCAAGAAGUUCCUCUGUGAGCUCUGCAGGAGUGCAGCAGUGCCACUCUGUCUGAUUCCACUGGGACAUCCCAGUGCCCCCAUUUCCAUCCCUGCAAACAAUCCACAUCCUUGAGUGCCUCGUUUUUUUAUCAAGAACUCCAUUCUGCCUUUGUGGAAAAAUAAAAAGAGCAGCAAACACUUGGUUAAUCCAUUUCCAGCUCUUUUGUUCCAGUAAACUUCAGGAAUUUUUCACCUGACUCAACUGUAGCUUCUACUUCUACCUCUGGGGUCAGUCUGGAGCUCUUGCACAGAUCCCUGCCACAUCUUUGGUUAUUCCAGCUAAAUCUGGGAGGGAAGGAAUCAAUUUUGUCUUUGGGAGCCAAACAGCUGUGUUAGGAAAAACCAAUGGAAGGGGUUCAAGGAGGAGUCCUGCCCGUGGCAGGGAGUUGGAACAAGGUGAUCUUUAAGGUCCUUUCCAAGCCAAACCAUCUCAGGAUUCCGUGAGCACCAGGGGAGGAACAUUUCUCUACCUGAGGAUGAAGCUGGCAGUCAAAUCCUGCUUUUUUCCCCCAAAUUUCCUUUGCUCUGCACUUCCAGCUCACUGACUCCAGGUUGAGUGGGCUGGGCUGGAAGAAGGAGGUUGAUAAAAUCACCAGUCUGGGACAGAUGGUGUGGCAAAGCCACAGCCUGGCUUGGCCUUUGCUGGUGGAGAAUAAAUGUGAAAUCUCUGAUUGCUGUCAAAUAUUGGCAUUCACACAAGGUCACAAGAUUUUUGAUGUGCUGGCUCUGCAAAAGCUGGAGAUGCUUUUGUUCUCCUCCACUCAAAAAGGAUACACAGAAAUAAAUGAAUAAAUAAAUGAAUAAAUAAAUGAAUGAAUAAAUGAAUGAAUAAAUGAAUGAAUAAAUGAAUGAAUAAAUGAAGAAAUAAAUAUACAGAUAGGUGCAGCCAGAUCAGGGCUUCUGUAACAGCCAGAAGUCUGUCAGAGGUAUAAAAGAUUUUUGAUUCUUGGUUCUGGCAGAGGUAAACCACAAUGAUAAAAAUUUGGUGCCCUUAAAUCAGGAAAGGUGUGAGAAAGCAGCAGUCACAGCUUCUGACAGGAGCAGCUCAAAGGCAGGAGAAGCAGAAUAUUCCCUGGCACAGAGCACAGUGAUGGGAGGGUGGAACUCAAACAGGGAUACCCAGCACUAGAUGGAUUGGUAGGAAAAAGGAGAAAUGACUUUAAGCUUAAGGAAGAAACGUUUAGAGUGGAUUUUAAGAAGAAAUUCUCCCCUGUGAGAGUGGGGAGACAGAUUUCCCAGAGCAGCUGUGGCUGCUCCAUCCUGGCAGUGCCCAAGGCCAGGUUGGUUGUGGUUUGGAACAGCCUGGGACAGUGGAAGUGUCCCUGCCCAUGGCAGGGGGUGGGAUGGGCUUUAAGGUCUCUUCCAACCCCAAACCAUUCAAAAUGUGACUGGACAAACUUUUAAAAGCAUAAUCUCCUUGACACACAAAUACCUCUUGCAGUUUUUCUGGGUCACGGCUGCCUGGGGGCACGGGGUGUGUAACAGGAUUCCUGCAGAAAUUCUUUUAUUCCAUCCUAUCUUUGUGACUGACACAUUCUGCAUCUCUUAAAAGCCCAAACACUCCAUCAGGCAUCAUUGAUUUUCCAUUUUCACUCUUUCUGGGGCAGGAUUUCAGUGUGGAGCCAGAGGGCUUCCCACGUCAGGGGAAACCACUUGCUUCCUCCUCCCAAUUUCUUGUGUAUCCCUGGGGCUCAGAGCUGCACUGGGACAUCAGUGCCUCAAACAGCUGGAAAAGCACAAAAAGGGAGAUGGACUGGGUGAUCCAUGGUGUGUUGGAUGUGGAGGGUGUCUGUGGAAGCAUUCUUACCUCAAACCUUCUUCCCUGACCCAGAGAAUGGGAGUGCUGGGUAGGAGAGACCCCUGUCCUUCCCUUGCUCUGCUCCAGGGCGGUUUCUGGCAGUGAGAUUUGUCCCUCUGCAUUGGCUGGCUCAGCCUGGUGAGCUGCUGGUUGUUUGGAGUCCACAUGGACGUGUCAGAGCUGCCUCAAGGCUUAAAAUGCAGGGAAGGAGACUGGGACAAGCUUCUGAAAAGGGCAGAAAGCUCUUGGUGCAAUGGAGAAAUUCAGAGUGCAGGGAAAUCCCAGAGGGGCCCCAGAGCAGGCCUUGAGUGUUGAGGGCUCCAGCACAAGAUCCAGGCAGGGGUUAAGUGCAAGGUUUGGUUCUGAGAGCUGGCCCAGCUCUGAAGAUGAAUUUGUUCUUUAUGUCCUGGGGACAAAGCUUCGAUCCAGACAUGAAACCCCUCGAUGGCACCAGUGAGAAGCUCUCUGAUUUUUGUCCCUCUGGAGAGCAGCUCAGCAAUGUGGGAGAAGGGUGAGGCUGGAGCUGAAGGGUCCCUGACUCUAUUCCUGAUCCCUGCAGACCCUUGUGAGCUGUGGGGGACCAGGGAAGGGACAGGUUUGGUGCACUUGGACUUGUCCAGGAUCCCAGGAGUGUUGGGAUCAUUGGAAAAUCCCAUCUUUUAGUGAAGGACAGUCCAGCCCUCACGUGAGGCAGCCAAGGUUCAGAGCUGUGGGUCCCAGUGACCACUGUGUCCAUUCCCACCCCACCUGAGAACCUCCCAGGGUGUCCUACAGCCCAGCCCAGCCUUUCCACAGGACUGAAGUACAGAGAAAUAAAGUUCAGAUUGCAGCAGUUCCCAAAAUCCUCCAGGAUUCUGGAAUGAGGACUCGCUCAGGGUGAGGCCAUCAGGUGUGGCUGGGUCCCUCAGGUCUGUAGAAGCACUGACCAUCCGUCCUUCAAGCUCCAGAGUUUCCUUUCAAGCUCUUUGACAAGAGGCAAGUGAAAGAGCCCAGCUCCCCCUGUCCCAUCCAGCAGUGGGAUCUGAGCAGGGAAAAGCCUGGUUUGAGCAGGGGAGGAAGGAAAAGCCUCCCUGGAGGGUCAGGGAGCUGGAGACAAACAGGAGCUGCAGUCUGUGGAUGCCCUGGCAAGGAGAGCAAUCCCUGGUGCCAGGUCCUACCUUCACUUCUCCCCUCUUCAGGAAGGCCCUCCAAGACCCCCCCAGCUCAUCCUCUGCCAUCCUGCUGGAGCUGGAGGGGGAGAAAUCACAGAUCAGAGAUGGGGACUUGCUUCCUCUUUUGUGGAUCCCCAGAACUCCCUGUCCUGGAGGAGAUUUCUGCUGGGUGCCCUCCUCCAGUGACUUCUCCAUUCACUUUUCAGCUGUGACUCUUGCACCCUUUUCUUUGCCAUCGUUUGUCCUCCACCCUCAGCUCUCUCUCUGCUGUUUCUCUGCCCUCUGUCCCCUCCCCAGUGUGGAGGGACUGAGUGGUUUGUUCAGGUUUGGGCCAUCACCAGGGAUUCCCUUCCUUGGAGCUGGCUCAGCUACAUCUCUUCCCAUUAAAA